AUGAUUAUGUUUAUUGGGGUUCUAAUCACCCGAAAUACCACCGUCGUCGCCGCCUCCAUAUAUGACCUAGGAUAUAUGGUUGUACUAGCAGGAGAUGCCAUUGGUGAAAUGAAUGGAACCCACAUGACCAGUUCAAGUGUUUUCCAUCAAACAAACAAAAAUUUGCAGAUAAGUGAAGCAUUAGCAAUACAGAUGCAAAUUGAAGUUCAAAGGAGGCUGCAUGAACAAAUUGAGUACGAGGGAAAUACUUACAAUCAGUUGUUGAAAAAGCACAGAGACCAUUGGAAGCCAAAACUUAGGCACAGUUGGACUAGAGUUUACAAAAGUUUAACUAUCAGAAUUGGUCUCAAAAGUAUCUACUCAGAGCACAAAUGUUUGGUUAGAAGAGAGAAGCAUGGAGUAAUCAGAGCACAGAUAUUUGGUGUUGGGAAGACAUCACUUACUGAAAAAUUAGCUUUGUACCUCAAGGGGACAUUAUUUGGUCUGAAGAAGCAGCAAUAAGGUGAAAAGGAGGGAUGAGGCAGUGACAUCAAUUGAAAUCUAUGAGAUGGGUCAGAGUAGCAAAUUGGCAAGGAGCAGUGGUUGAGAUUAUAGCUAAGAUUAUACUUAAGACAUAUGCUAAUUUUGGGUGACAUACAAAAGCAAAUUGUGAUGUAGGGCUGUGUUCAUAGAUGUGAAUGAGAAUGGAUAUGACUAAUGGUAUUUUGCUGGACAUGAUCUCCAAUAAUUUGAUUCACUUUAUCCAAAUCUGCUAAAAUCAUGUAAUGUUCUUUUUUAUGUCAAAAUGUAUUAUUCUUUAUUUGUUUCUAAUAUAGACGAUAUUGGAGUGACGAAAAUAAAUA